AUGACAGGAGGUGCGAAGGAGUCUCUUGUGCGAGAGAACGACAGACAAUGGACAUUAAGUAACCGAGUCGAGGCCGAGGGCCUUGAGUGGCUCUACGCCGAUCCUUCUGCCAACAAGCAAAGAGAAGGCAAUCUGGAAGAGUAUCUUCUAGGCAAGAGCAUUGAGGGAGCGCGUGGCGAACUGGCUCGUGAUCCCAUUGACCAUGCCGCAGCCGGCUCUCUGCUCGCAGACACCGCCGAUGGAAAACCCUUAGAUGAUACUUUGAACAAGUUUCGUGAAGACCCGCUCUUCAUCAUUAAAAAAAUAGAGCUCCAUCAGCGCCAGGUGAUGAAGAAGUACGAGUCUCUCGUGAAUACAGGCGUGAAACCGAUGCCUGCAGCUCAUACUGGAGCAUAUGUAAGCGAGAGAUCCACUGAAAGGCAUAGCCGCAGAAGGGGGUACGAAAGUGACGGCAGCAGUGGGCGGGACUACUCCACCAGCCCCCGCCGCAGAGAUAGAAGCCGGGGAAGGGCGCAUCGUGCUGAGAAGUCACACCGUCGUGAGCGGAGUACACGACGUUCUGAGUCAUUAAGGCGCCACAGAAGAGGUCGUAGCGGUUCCAGGGAUUACAGGAGUCAUAAACGUGAUCGGACGAGGAGUUCAUCAAGAGAGUACAGAUACAGGCACCGCAGUGGAAGGAGAUCACCGAGCAUUAGUGACAGUGAAGAACGUUAUAGAAGGCGUAUUUCGAGACAUUCAGAUGAUUCGGGAUCAAGUGGCAGCCAUUCUGGGAGGGGGAGUCGAAGCACCGAAAGGCGUCACCAUGAUAGAAGGUACAGAGACGUAUCGAGGGGCAGAGUCAGGAGGCAUUCCAGAAACAGCAGCAUGGACAGAUCGGGGGAAAGCGAUGCUUACGAGCGUCAUCGCCGGCGUAGCCGAUCGCUCAGCGAGGAAACAUACAGAAGAAAGCAGCAUAUAUCUGAUGAAAGGCGUCCAAGAGAUGGUACAGGGCAUGGCUCAACUGCCAGACGAAGUCCGAGUUAUGGCCACCGCCACCAUAUGUCUGCUAGCAGGAAACACUCAAGACCACCUCCCCGGUCCAGCAAAAGCGCGGAGUCUGAUGGUCCCAGCCAUCGCAGAGAGCGGCAUGAUUGUAGCGAACUUCGAAAAACUCGGGAUAGGCGGAGCAAUAGUUCAGAACGUGCAUCUGAUCGUGAGGAACGUGAGAGACGUAGGGCGACAUAUUCAGAUCGCAGUAGGAGGCGGCGUUCUAGGUCACGAGAACGCAGUAGUGACGGCGGUGGCAGGAAAGAGCAUGUCCCUCCUUCAGAUAUGGAUAAUCCGCAGGUGACUGAAUCCAAGGAGCCAAUUAAGACGAAACGAGGGCCUGUUCUGCCCCGCAAAGGCGACACACUUCGGUACGCAUUCGGAGUCACGGAGGACAUCAUGCCCCCCCAAGCAAUUCAGGACCGUGCAGAGCAGCGGCGUAAAGAAAUGGAGGAACGCAAAAGGCUUCAACAGGACCUGUACGCACCUCAGAACCAAGAUGAGCGUCUGACGGAAAUGCAGUCACAUGGCAUGUCUCAUCUUAAGGAGCGAUUGGAGAAGAUGGCGGAACACGAAAGAAGCGUCCAGUCCGAGGAGGUCGAGGCGCCAGGAUCGAAGGGCGACUACAUUUCGUUGAUGAAGCACCACGCUUUUGAGUCCGCCAAGAAGGAAGAACGCAUACGACAACGUGCUUCGAGGAGUCUGGUAGAAGAUGAGUGA